UGUACAGUGCAGCGGUCUCUCUUCUAGUGGGCAAAGCGGCGUUUACUUAUCAACAGCGUGGACACAAUAGAUAGACAGAGACGAGCUACAUUUGAAAGAAAGAGCGAGCUCUGUCACUAAACACAGACUCGAUGCUCCAGAUUUUCGAUUUCUUCGAGUAGUAAGUGUUCGUAAUUCAGAAACAGACGGAGGACUAUCAUAACAACACCGGCGCGCAGCACAACAGAUCCCGGAGAAGCACGGGUUUGAUAUGAGAUAACGGCAGACUGCUUUGGCUGUUUGAAGUGGUGUCCCUGUGGGCUACUCAGUGCUGAAAGGACAGGAGCAGAAACCGAAAGUGACAGAUAGACCGGUCUUUGGCUUCAGCUCAUCUGUUGUGCUCAGCGGCCUCCUGGUUGUCCAUCAGGAUGGUGCAUUCAGUGUCACUCUGCGCCUGUCUGUCUCUUCUGACUGUCCUCAGCUGUCAUUCUCAUGUCCUCCCCCGACUCUCUUUUCCAAUGGGUAGUCCAGGUCGUUCCCUCAAUAUCUUCACAAACCCUGAUGUUUACAACACCACCACGCUGUUGCUUAGCAACGAUGAGGGCACUUUAUUCAUCGGAGCUCGUGAUUCCGUUCUUUCAAUCGAUGUCAGUCAGACUGAUGCGAUGGCCAUGAAGGAGAAGCUGGACUGGUCUCCGUCAGAAAAAGAUCUUGCUGACUGUGCCAUGAAAGGCAAAAUGAAGAUGGAUUGUCAUAACUUCGUGAGGGUUUUGCAAGUGCUGAACUCCACCCAUAUGUACGCCUGUGGAACGUUUGCCUUCAGCCCCCGCUGCAUCUACAUCAAUUCAAAGACAUUUUCCGUGGCUACAGGCCCCAGCGGUAAGCCAGAAGAAGGCAGAGGCCGCUGUCCUUAUGACCCGUACCAGAAGAACACCGCCAUAACUGACAUUGUCAGCCUUACGCCACCAGAGGGCGCAUCUGAGGACCAAACUCUAUUCUAUGGGAUUUUCACUUCUCAGUGGCAAGUCAACUUGGGUCGCUCAGCCGUGUGUGCUUUCAGCCUCAAAGACAUUAAAAAGGUGUUUACAGGACGUUACAAGGUUCUGAAUCGGGACACUUUAAAAUGGAGCACACGGGUACAGGAGCAAAUGGCAAACCCUGGAGAGUGUGGCCUCCAUAAUGCGUCGGACAACACUCUGCGCUUUGUUAAGGACAACUUCCUGGCUGAUAAAAGUGUUCGACCGGUCAUUCAGGGCCUGACACUGGUGUCACCUGAUAAGAGCUACAGCAACAUCGCAGUUCAGAGAGUCCGUGGAGCACGCGGCAGAGAUUACACUCUGCUUUACCUGCUCACGGAGUCGGGCUUCCUGCACAAAGCUGUGCUCUUGGAGAACGGAGCUCACAUCAUUGAGGAGAUCCAAGUGUUUCAUCAACCUCAGCCGGUCAAAAACCUCCUGCUGUCAGUCUCAAAGGGUGCAGUGCUGAUAGGCUCUUCAGAAGGAGUCGUUUCCGUGCCCAUGUCCAACUGUUCUUACUACUUGAGCUGUGCUGAGUGUGUUUUAGCCAGAGACCCCUUCUGUGGCUGGGACCCUGUGAUGAAGCUCUGCACAGACAUACACAGUCACGACCAUCUUGUCCAGGAUGUAGAUGAGGGGAAUGUGUCAGCGCAGUGUACAUAUGUGACCCCCAGGUCACGCUCCGGCCAGUCCCGAACCCCUUCAAGUGAAGUGGUGUCCGUGUCUCUAAACGAAGUAGUGCACCUGCAGUGUCCGGGAGCAUCACACCUCGCCAAACGCCACUGGGAGCGUCUCAACAGCCAACUCCCGCCCAAAAUCUACAUUCAGUCGGACGACGGCAGCCUCAGCUUUGUGGCGACCCCGUCCACCCUGGGACACUACCUGUGCCAGGCUGUGGAGAACGGCUACAGCCAAACACUGGUCGUCUACCACGUCAAACAGAAGAGCAACCCCACCAUCCUCCCAGCCACCCCGAACCGCCCAUACAGCACCCCGUCCACCGAGGCGGGAAUUAAAACCCCCGUCUCCACUACCAGACUCAUAACACCUGAACAAACAGAGCCGAGGCCUAAACCAGACGAAGUGCAUCCUACAGUCACACUCAAAGACUCGCCGGUGGCCACCACUCGAAAAAGCAGGAACUUUACUCCCUUGCUUGGCACGGAAAAGGAAGACUCCCGAAUGACCGAGCCUGGUGAAAACCUCCAGCAAGCGGACAAGCCCAGCUACUUUCAGGAGCUUGUAGUGGUGUCCAUUCUGUUAGCUCUGUGCGUCAGCGCCUUGCUAACCAUCGCUCUUAACAGAUUCAGGCAUCUUUGUCGUAGCAGGACGGUCCCGCAAACUCCUUCCUCUCGCAGGGACACCGAGAAGGGCGGAAGUGCGACGCCCCAGGAGAGAGAGUCUCUCAGAGGAAACUCGCCUCGUUUGGAAAAGCAGAACGGACAAGCUCCUAACGGACAGUCCCACAAUGGUCAGGCACAUAACGGCAAAUCUCCCAUCACACUGAGCAACAGCAUGCUGAACAACUCGAACGGUCACCUGCCCAACACACCCAUCUGAUGCACUCCUCUAGUUUUCUGGGUUCACGGUGAACCUAUUUUCUGAGCCAAACUGGGCUUCUGCUGUAUCAAGCCCUGUCGCUGAACCAUUUUGCUUUCCGAGAGGAAAAAAACUGGUAAAAACGGCACAUCGGACCUUUUUUUUUAAUCAGUUUGUUCAUAUUUAUGCUGUAAUUUAUGUGACGACUGUUUGUUUCAGUCUAAAGUGUAUCAGAUUUUAUGCCUCUCUAAAAUCACAUAUAAACGUAGAUGGUCAGUUUAAGAUUUUCAUUGAUCUCUUCAACCUUUUUAAUUGACAUCAGAAGCUGUUCAGUCAGCUCAGUUUGAAAUACACUUUUUAAAUAAUUUUAUAUUACAUAUUUUGAUGGACCUUAAAAGUAAAAUGUAAUAAAGUUUCCUAAGAGAGGCGGCUGAUCAUCUGCUAAUUUCAACUUCAAAGACUUGCUUGAAUUUUCAUAUUUUCCAUUCUGAUCAAAUGUUCAGUUUCCUGUACUCUGUCUGCAUUGUUCAGAGUUGCUAUAUCGCACAUCUUUUUUAGUCUUUGCCUUUGUUCCUUAUUCUUAUCUAUUUCCAAUUUUUGAAUGUUAAAGACGAGGUAUGUCUGUUAAACUUGAUUUUUUUUCCCCUUUCAGUUCACCCAAAAAUUAAAAUUUUGUCAUGUAUUCGCCCUCAGAUUGUUGGUAACCAAACAGUUUCGGUUCCCAGUGGCUUUUGUUGUAUGUUGUAAAAAAAGACAAAAAAAAAAACAAUGUAAGACAAUGGGAAUAGAAACAGUUUGUUUAACUAUGUCUUUCAAAAUAUCAUCUUUUGUGCACUGGAGAAACUCAUACAGGUUUAGAAUGACAUGAGGGUGAGUAAAUAUCAGAAUUUCCAUUUUUGGGUGAAUUAUCUCUUGAAUGUUGCACCAAUGCAAAAAUGAAGCUUUCAAAGAUGCUUUUCAAGUGGUUUAAUUUAAAUAAGUAUUUUGUAAUGCAUUAAGUUUUGCUGAUCAGUAAUGUGCAGGUGUGGGUAGAUGUUUCUCUAUAAUUCAUAUUUCAGCGUAACAAUAUCUCAAUAUAAAAAUAAUACUCAAAUGUGUUAUUUCGGUAUUUUGGACCUGUUAUAGAACUAUGUAGCCUGGUUACCUCGUUCAGUGUUGACCACUUCACUCUGCCCUAACCACAAAACACAGGAACUUCAACACUGGAACUGAGAAAAUGGCUUCGAAGGAUUUUUGGGUUGAAUUUUGUUCAGUUUUUAUAUUCGAAGCACUGGGAGAUAGUUGAGCCAAUCUGUUACAGGAAAAAUCAUAGUCAAAGAAACUUGAUUUUGUUCUUAAAUAUGAUGGGGGGG